ACCGAAGAUUACUUCCGGGGCGUGACCGAGACGCUGAAACGGAAGUAAGGGCGGGCGUGCUCCUGGGGCGGGAUGGAGCAGCAGCAUCAGCAGCAGCUGAGAAACUUGCGGGACUUCCUAUUGGUCUACAAUCGGAUGACGGAACUCUGCUUCCAGCGCUGCGUGCCCAGCCUGCACCACCGGGCCCUGGAUGCUGAGGAGGAGGCCUGCCUGCACAGCUGUGCUGGGAAGCUGAUCCAUUCCAACCACCGCCUCAUGGCCGCCUAUGUGCAGCUCAUGCCUGCCCUGGUGCAGCGCCGCAUCGCAGACUACGAGGCUGCCUCCGCUGGGCCAGGGGCUGCUGCUGAACAGCCGGGAAGCUCGCCCACAGGCAGCUAGCCAUCCCCAACCCAGGAAGGGAGGCACUGGAUGGACCCUCACAUUGAAGGAGCCAGUGGACCUUAGGCUGGGUGCAGCCCGUAUAGAGAGUGAGGAGUUGCCUGGAGCUGGGUACUGUUGCUCCUUUUUCUGGAGCUAAUAAACCCGCUUUCAUUCUGUUUGGUUUGUGUUCUGGGCGGAGAAGCUCUGCCCACUUGACUAGCACCAUCCUUUAUUUGUCAGUGCGUAUCUGCUGGCUUCAACCCUGGCAGCAGGGAAAUUGCCUUCUAUGUGUAGAAGGAAAACCUCAGCAUUCAUUCCCCAGGUACCUGGUUAAACCGAGGUGUGUGGAUGCAAUUUUUUAAGGUUGGUAAUAGCAACAGGAAGGCGAGUCCUGGCCAGAUGACAGAGAAAAUAGGAGCUCCGUUUAGCUGUCAUUAAUAAAAUCUGUCUUGACUUUAAUGGCUCA